AUGGGGCAGGCGGCAGCUCGGGAGCUGAAAAAGCCCGUUCGAGAUACGGAGCGGGCGCUGCUCAAUGGCCUGCACGGUCCCCAUAUCGCCCUUGGUGCCUGCGGUAUCCAAGGUUAUCGCCGGAACAUGGAAGACGCUCACAUUCUCAACAACGAUCUCCUUGAAGAUGGAUCCGGUUUGGUCCUGAUUGCCUGCUUGGAUGGACAUGGCGGCCGUGCCGCCGCCCUCUCGGCCGCCCAUGACCUGCCACAAAAAGUCGCGGCGGCGUUGCGUCAGGUCUCGGAUCGAAGUGCUUUGACCGACGACGCAUUGGAGCAGCUCAUGAUCGAUGCUUGCAAAUCCACCGACCAUGAUCUUCCCUCCCACAUUCCCAACUUCCGCACCGUUGAGGACAUGGAGGAUCCCGGGUCAACGUGUGUCGGGGCGCUGUUGCUUGAAGAUCGCCUCGUCGUGUUUAACAUUGGUGAUUCACGCGCUGUCCUGGCUCAAGCCAUUGAUUCUCCCGACGCCCUCCUCGCCACGCGUGACCACAAACCACAAACCCCUUCAGAACGCCAACGCAUCGAGGCCGCUGGCGGCUUUGUGGCAGGCAAUCGUGUCUGCCAAUCACUGGCCGUCUCUCGCGCAUUUGGUGACUUUUCUUUCAAGGAUCCAAACAUCAAACCUGAAGAGCACAUGGUCACGUGUAUUCCAGAUAUUACCAUUGUCCCCAGAAAUGAGAACCUAGAAUUCAUCAUUUUGGCCUGCGACGGCGUGUGGGACGUUCUGCGCAGUGAAACCGUCGUUGGCAUGGUUCGCGAGGAACUCUUAUCUGAGGCGGCGCUCGAUGCGGUUUGCCAAACCGUGGUUAUGGACGCCCUUCAACGUGGUAGCUCAGACAACAUCUCUUGCUGUAUCUUGACUCUGGAUGGAGCCAAGCGAAGCACCGACGUUGGGGGCAUGAUCGACGACAUGUUUGUUUUUGGCGAUGAAACUGGCGAAACCGCCUCACCGCCAGCCGAGCAGAGCCCCGUCACUCCCCGUGCCGCAGCCUCGAAGCCCAAACUAGAUCCCAAACCCGUGGUGGCCCCCGGUACUCCAGGUUCGCGACCAACCCUCAAGGUCAAUCACAUGAGCCCGCUCGAGGCUUCGACCGCCUCCCCGCGCAAGUCCCGCCAGCGCGCCUCUGUUCGCGACAAUGUUUUUGGUACCGACCAGAACGUGACUCCGGUUGCCGCCACCGUUCCCCCUCCAGUGGCCGUCUCGCCUGGCGCCCUAAGCGAGGAUGACGAAGAACCCUCAACCCCUGUCGAUCAAAUGUUCACACCUUCAGUGGCCCUCGUCGACACGCCCUCGCCCCACGGCAGCAAGUUGACAACAUCAAGCUCCGUGCCGCCGGCGGGCCCUCAACAGCCUAACAGCACCGAAGAUACGCCAAAGCCCGAAUCUCGCUCGGCCCUCGAGACGCUGGCCGAUCAAGCUGCCGAGGCCAGCCCCAUGAAAACAAGCAUGAACAGCGAGCCUAGCAGUGAGCCAACUUCUGUUGUGUCUCACAUUGCUCCUGACAGCGCCCCUGAACCUCAGCACAAGGCCGAGAAGUCUGGCGAGCCAGAACGAGGGUCACAAGCGGCAGCCGAAGAAGAGGAAGAGGUCAAGCUCCCUGUCUCGGCUGAUCUGAAACGCCUGAAGAAGAUGACGGUUGUGAGUCGCAAGGCAUCAGGCAAGGUCGGGCGCAGCCGAGGUAGCGUUCGCAACGUUUUUGACCUGCAAGAUGGCGACGUUGGAGAGGAAGAAGUCUGA